UCGCCGCGCCAGCAAAGUUGGGAUGGGGGCCCGCAGGCACCGCUCGGCGCCCCGGAGGCCACCUGCGUGCUAGAGGCAAACUUUUGUCUCCCUCGGGCUGCCACCCAGGACUAUGCGUGGCUAGGAUGGAGACGUCUGCCUCAGCCACAGCCACGGCCACGGACAAGAAAGAAGCCAAAAGUGGGAUCCUGGAGGGCGUUGCUUUCCCCGACCCCGGCAGGAAGGCCUCGGCCCUCGCGGUGGCCACGGCGGCGGCCGCGGUAGCCACUCAAGGAGUGCCAACACAUCUCCUGCCACCGUUCCACGCCCCCUUCCCGAUUGACAUGCGACACCAGGAGGGAAGGUACCAUUACGAGCCUCACCCUGUCCACGGUGUGCACGGGCCUCCCGCCCUGAGUGGCAGCCCGGUCAUCUCGGAUAUCUCAUUGAUCCGACUUUCCCCACACCCUGCUGGCCCUGGGGAGUCCCCCUUCAACGCCCCACACCCGUAUGUGAGCUCCCACAUGGAGCAGUACCUCUGCGCUGUGCACGGCAGCCCCACGCACCCCGCCAUCUCUGUGGCCAGGGGCCUCAGUCCUGCGGACGUGGCCCACGAGCACCUAAAGGAGAGGGGGCUGUUUGGCCUCCCCCCUCCAGGCACCAACCCUUCAGACUAUUACCACCAGAUGACCCUCAUGGCAGGCCACCCCACGCCAUAUGGGGACCUGCUGAUGCAGAGCGGGGGUGCGGCCAGUGCCCCCCAUCUCCAUGACUACCUCAAUCCAGUGGAUGUGUCGCGUUUCUCCAGCCCCCGGGUGACGCCCCGCCUGAGCCGCAAGCGGGCGCUGUCCAUCUCCCCACUCUCGGACGCCAGCCUCGACCUGCAGCGCAUGAUCCGGACCUCUCCCAACUCGCUGGUGGCCUACAUCAACAACUCGAGAAGCAGCUCGGCUGCCAGCGGCUCCUAUGGGCACCUGUCGGCCGGCACUCUCAGCCCGGCCUUCACCUUCCCCCACCCCAUCAACCCCGUGGCCUACCAGCAGAUCCUGAGCCAGCAGCGGGGCCUGGGCUCGGCCUUCGGACACACGCCACCCCUGAUCCAGCCCUCUCCCACCUUCCUGGCCCAGCAGCCCAUGGCCUUCACCUCCAUCAAUGCCACGUCCACGCAGCUCAGUAGCAGCAGCAACUGUCUGAGUGAUGCCAACCAGAACAAGCAGAGCAGCGAGUCGGCCGUGAGCAGCACCGUCAACCCGCUCGUCAUUCACAAGCGCAGCAAGGUCAAGACCGAGGCCGAGGGCCUGCGGCCCGCCUCCCCUCUGACCCUGACGCAGGGCCAGGUGGCUGGACGUGGCUCAUGUGUGUGUGCUCUGCCCCCGCCCCCCCAGGAGCAGCUGGCUGACCUCAAGGAGGACCUGGACCGGGAUGACUGUAAGCAAGAGGCUGAGGUGGUCGUCUACGAGACCAACUGCCACUGGGAGGACUGCACCAAGGAGUAUGACAGCCAGGAGCAGCUGGUGCACCAUAUCAACAACGAGCACAUCCACGGGGAGAAGAAGGAGUUCGUGUGUCGCUGGCAGGCCUGCACGCGGGAGCAGAAGCCCUUCAAGGCGCAGUACAUGCUGGUUGUGCACAUGCGCAGACACACGGGCGAGAAGCCCCACAAGUGCACGUUUGAGGGCUGCUCGAAGGCCUACUCCCGCCUGGAGAACCUGAAGACGCACCUGCGCUCCCACACAGGGGAGAAGCCGUACGUGUGUGAGCAUGAGGGCUGCAACAAAGCAUUCUCGAAUGCCUCGGACCGUGCCAAGCACCAGAACCGCACCCAUUCCAACGAGAAACCCUACAUCUGCAAGAUCCCAGGCUGCACCAAGAGGUACACGGACCCCAGCUCCCUCCGGAAGCACGUGAAAACGGUCCAUGGCCCAGAUGCUCACGUCACCAAGAAGCAGCGCAACGACGUGCACCUUCGCACCCCCCUGCUCAGGGAGAACGGGGACAGCGAGGCCGGCGCCGAGCCUGUCCGGGGCUCCGAGGAGAGCGCCGAGGCCAGCAGCACCAGCCAGGCCGUGGAGGACUGCCUGCACGUCAAAGCCAUCAAGACCGAGCGCUCUGGGCUGUGUCAGUCCAGCCCCGGAGCCCAGUCUUCCUGCAGCAGCGAGCCCUCUCCCCUGGGCAGUGCCCCCAACAAUGACAGCGGCGUGGAGAUGCCGGGGACAGGGCCCGGGAGCCUGGCAGACCUGACGGCCCUGGAGGACCCGCCGCCGGGGGCUGACGCCUCCGCCCUGGCCACCCCCUCUGCCGGUGGCCUGCAGCUGCGCAAACACAUGACCGCCGUGCACCGGUUCGAGCAGCUCAAGAGGGAGAAGCUCAAGUCGCUCAAGGAUUCCUGCUCAUGGGCCGGGCCGGCUCCACACACCCGGAACUCCAAGCUGCCCCCCCUGCCGGCAAGUGGCUCCGUGCUGGAAAACUUCAGAAGCGGCAGCGGGCCGGCCGGGCUACUGCCCAACCCGCGGCUGUCUGAGCUGUCCGCCGGCGAGGUGACCGUGCUGAGCCACCUGCAGGAGCGCCGCGACAGCUCCACCAGCACGGUCAGCUCGGCCUACACCGUGAGCCGCCGCUCCUCGGGCAUCUCCCCCUACUUCUCCAGCCGCCGCUCCAGCGAGACCUCGCCCCUGGGCGCCGGCCGCGCACACCCCACCAGCUCCGCCGAUUCCUAUGACCCCAUCUCCACCGACGCGUCGCGGCGCUCCAGCGAAGCCAGCCAGUAUGGCGGCAGCAGUGGUGGCGGCCCGGGGCUGCUCCAGCUCACGCCCGCCCAGCAGUACAGCCUGCGCGCCAAGUACGCGGCGGCCACGGGUGGGCCGCCCCCCACCCCGCUGCCCGGCCUAGAGCGCGCUAGCCUGCGGACUCGGCUGGCGCUCCUGGAUGCGCCCGAGCGCGCACUGCCCGCCGCCUGCCCACGCCCGAUCGGGCCUCGGCGGGGCAGCGACGGGCCGCACUACGGGCCAGCGGGGCCGGCGCCCUCCUUCCCCCACGAGGCGCCGGGAGGUGGGGCGCGGAGGGCCAGCGAUCCCGGGAGGCGACCCGACACCCUGGUGCCCCCGCGGGUGCAGCGCUUCCACAGCGCCCACGAUGUGACCCCAGCCGCGCUGCCGCCGCCCUGCGCCCAGGGCCGAGGCCUCCGUCUGCAGAGCCACGCGAGCGCCGACGGCGGCCUGGCCCGCGGCCCCUACUCACCCCGGCCGCCCAGUAUCAGCGAGAACGCAGUGAUGGAGGCCUUGGCAGUGGGGGUGGACGGCGUGGGCCCCGAGGUAAGCCUCGGGCUGCCGGAGGACGACCUCGUGCUGCCCGACGACGUGGUGCAGUACAUCAAGGCGCGUGCCAGUGGCGCCCUGGAGGAGAGCGCCCCGAAGGUGUACCUGCCGGAGAGCACCUGCUUCUCCGAGAACCCCAAACUGCCCAGCCCCGGGCUGCACGGCCGGCGCACGAUAGCGGCUGCAGACUCCAACGUGGGCCCCUCUGCCCCUGUGCUGGGAGGCUGCACACUGGGUUACGGGGCCCCCUCCAGCCUGAACAAAAACAGCAUGCCUGUGCAGUGGAACGAAGUGAGCUCCGGCACCGUGGACGCCCUGGCCAGCCAGGGGAAGCCUCCGCCCUUCCCACAGGGCAACCUGGCAGUGGUGCCGCAGAAGCCAGUCUUCAGCCAGUACCCAGGCUACAGUCAGCAGGGCCUGCAGCUGAGCCCCGGGGUCCUGGACAGCUCGCAGCCACACCUGCAGCCCUGCGGUGGAGUGCCCUCCGCGCCCAGAGUAAAUUACAUGCAGCAGCUGCGGCAGCCAGGGGCAGGUGGCCAGUGUUCUAGCAUGACGGCUGCUGUCAGCGCCCACCCCGGCUACGGCCAAGCUCAUCCCCAGCUGAGCCCCCUGGGUGGGGCCCCACACCAGUUUCCCCGGUCCUGCAGCAACAUGGCGGCCAAGCCAGGCCACCUGGGGCUCCCCCAGCAAAUGGAAGUUGCUCCUGACCCCACCAUGAUGGGCAACAGCCACAGGGAACUUGACGUCCCCAGUUCCAGCCUGGCUAGGAUGCCACCACCUCACCCAGCCCAGAGCUACCCACAGCAGAGCCAUCACCUGGCCACAGCCAUGAGCCAGGAGGGCUACUGCCAAGGCCCCAGCCUUGUGCCUUCCCACCAGCCUGGCUUCGUGGAGCCUCAGCAGGGCCCGACGGGGGCGGCCGGAUCGAGCUUCGGCCUAGUGCAACCCCGGCCACCUGCAGAGCCCAGCCCUGCUGGCCGCCGCCGUGGGGUGCGUGCGGGGCAGCAGCUGGCCUAUGCCAGGGCCGCUGGCCACGCCAUGGCUGCUCUGUCGGCCGACCAGGAGAUGACAGAGUCUGUGCCCAAGGGGACAAUGGGCAGCGUGUUGGCCCUGACUCCCCAGGCACCCCCCCAGGAUGCGGGCGGGGCCCAGGACCGCAGCAUGCUUUACUAUUACGGCCAGAUCCACAUGUACGAGCAGAACGGAGGCCUGGAGAACCAGGCCGGCUGCCAGGCCAUGCGACCCCAGCCACCGCAGCCCCAGGCCUUGCCCUCACCAGGGCUUAACCAGGUGUCCAGCACUGUGGACUCCCAGCUACUCGAGGCCCCCCAGAUUGAUUUUGAUGCCAUCAUGGAUGACGGCGAUCACUCCAGCUUGCUCUCGGGGGCCCUGAGCCCCAGUCUCCUCCACGGCUUCUCCCAGAGCUCCUCCCGCCUAACCACCCCGCGCAACUCCCUGACUCUGCCCUCCAUCCCCGCGGGCAUCAGCAACAUGGCCGUCGGGGACAUGAGCUCCAUGCUCACCAGCCUGGCCGAGGAGAGCAAGUUCCUCAACAUGAUGACCUAAGGCUCCGGCCCCUGGCACCGAGCGGACCCCGAGGGACCAGCGCUUCCCAGAGCGCGGGGCUUUCGUCUGUUUCAUCUUUUUCCCCAAAAAGUAUUAAAUAGGUCUGAGGGAGUUUGGCCAGUGGCUGGUUCAGACCACAGAGGCUUUAAGGGCAGGUUUAUGUGCAUCCUGUCUGGUCUUCUUUUAGAUUAUGUGUCGGAACUCUGAAAAAAGUCUCAACAGAAAAGGCAAGGCAGGAAUGCAAAAUUCGUUUACACAGCGCUUCGCAGCCUUUGGUGUUUAUAGGACCACUCUGUUCUGGCUUUGUCACCUCUGUCAUCUGGCUAAUGAAGGAUUACAUGGGCCCAGGGCUUUCCAAGCACAUGUGGAAAGAGGCGAGAGGAACCACAUUUGGGUUUGAAUCUGAAAGCCAUACUAGGUAUUCUAAUCCAGGAAGAUAAGUUUCUUGUUCCAGUGCCUGCAAAGUAAAGGAAUUCAUGGCCCACCGGAAUUCUUCCAUGAAGCUUAAUUCUUGAGGCCUCUAACAUCCCUUGCCAUGGAGUGGAAAAAAAUUUUUACCUGGAUGAUUUGGAAGCACAUCCUGAUUCCGGGUUUGGUAGAGCAGGCAUCUCUACCCUGCAAAGCCAAAUUUACAGCUGGCCGACUGUCCAAGUGUAUAUGGAUGAAUAAAGUAUGGAAGUAUCGCCCAAAAAAAGGAAAGAAAACAGUGUAAUACUCAGGGCAAGCCCAGAAGCUACCCUGGCCUCUCCAGACCCUGUUUACAGUGUUCAUGCGUGUAGAAUGUAGCCCUUCCUGAAAAGAACACAUUUCUAAAUACCUCGGGGCUGCCGGAGCUGCUGUGGGUUAAGAAUGGCCAAGGUGAGCUGAAGCGUGGCCUGGGGCCUGGGUAAAGUGAACGCACCAGGGGCCCAGCUUCAGGCUGCCCUGGAGGUCUCCCAGUAGGACGAGGAAGUCGCAUGUUUACCCAAGCCUGUUUCUCCAAUGCACUACGCACCCACUUGACCAUGGAUAAACCCCAGGGCUUGACAGCAACCUCCGCCCAAGUUCCUCCAGGCCAUGCUGUCCGCUUGCCAGCAGCCCAGUGACCAACCCCCUAGCUACAGCAUGCAGUCGUGGUAUCUUCUGGAUUCCCUUCCCGCCGCCCUCCUGUUCAUUUCACAGAGAACGAUGACAUGCAUGGUGUUUUCGGUGGGGGUGGGAGGGUGAAGGGGUUGAUUCUUGGGACUCUGAGGGACCAUCACUGAAUUCUCCUAUUCAGUGUUGGCCAAGCCCCACCUGGAAAUGGAAUUUGGAACUGGCGUCAGAAGACAUUGUUCCCGAACAUACAGUAGGGUAAAUAGGUGCAUCCUCCCCGCCACACACAUGUACAAACACCGCACACCCUUCCCAUGUUGAAUUCGUGGCAACCUUGCCAAAUCCACCUGCACCACUAUGAACUUGGAACCGACUAUGACCCUGACUUCAACCAGGACAGGGCCGAAACCUCACCUGGGCCUCUACAUCCCAGAACAGCAAAUGCUUUGUCAGGGUCCAAAAACAAGGCCAACUUCAAACGACAGCCCUGGGACACCUCCAGGGCUCUGGGCUCUGUGUGGUGCAUGGUCUUUCCCCGCGCUAGGAUUUCACUAGCUGUUCCCAGCCUGUAUAUUGUCUGUACAGAAGACAGCAUCCCUGAAAAUACUGUAGGUGAGUCAUCCGGUCAGAUUUAUAUGUCCAAAACAUUUUUAGCUUUUUCUAC